UCAACAGUCAUUAGCACAAAGUUCAGUGACCAAGUGGUGCAAGAAGCAGCAACAAGAGGAGAGCGUUGUCACUAAGGUUUAGUGGUUCGAAACAGUUCGGAGCAGCGUUUCAGGAGCAAAAACCACAAGGAUUAUUUUCAAAAACUGGUCGAGGUUUUCUUGGAUGGAUUACGCGAUGAAGUCUCUCAGCCUUCUGACUCCUUCUGGCCUUUCCAAGUGUGUAACAGCCAGCGUCUCCGCCAGCAGCUCCAUGACCCAGAAGCUCCUGUCGGGUCGAGCUUCUCGGCCGAAGCCCUUCAGAGUCACAAAUGUGGAUCGCAGUGUGAAGAAAGGUAUUAUGGCCGAUGCACUGGAGGACCUGAUGAACAAGGUCGGUGACUCGAUGAGUUUAGAUUGCGUCAGUGCGCUGGUGCUGGAUGAAGACGGCACCGGGGUGGACACGGAGGAAUUCUUCCAGACGCUGCCUGAGAACGCUGUGCUCAUGGUGCUGGAGAAGGGACAGAAGUGGAGGCCUCAUCCUAACAGCCCCCCCAGAGAUCAGCUCAGUGAAUGCAAGCAGAAGCAAAGGACAGAUGUGGCCAAGUUGACUUUCGACCUCUACAAGAACAACCCCAAAGAUUUCAUUGGCUGCCUGAAUGUGAAAGCGACCCUGUAUGGUGCUUACACUGUGUCCUAUGACCUGCGCUGCUACGCUGCCAAAAGUGUGCUCAAGGAGGUCCUGCGAUGGACCACCUUCUCCAUGCAGGCCACAGGCCACAUCCUGCUGGGCUCCUCCUGCUACAUCGAACAGCUGCUGGAGGAGGAGGAGCGAGCGGAGAAGAGCCUGGCGCUGCCUCAGGAAAGCAGGAUCAGGCAGCUGCAGAGCAUGCUGCUGGGAAAGAUCUCCCACUGAUGAUGGACCGAGUGGUGGAGUGGACGUGACGUUCGCUCUUAGAUUAAGGUCACAGUGUAAAUGUCACAGAUGAAACGGGGGGUCUACGACUGUUCAUGUCACAUUUUCCAGUGUAGUUUGGCAACAGUCACUUUUUUUGCGCUGUUACUUUUUUUUUUUUUGGCGCCUCAUGUGGACAAAGAAGCCACAAGGUAUUCCAUAGAAAACACUUUUACUCAUUUAUGUGUAUCUCUUUCCUAUGGAGAUGUAAUAAAUAAAGGUAACACUUUUUAUUUUCCA